AUGGCGUCUACUAGCUUCCCGUUGCCAGGAAUUGAACAUGGCAAACGCAUUCUUACCUCGGUGAUUGAACAUCGCGCCAAAGGUGGUGCCUCUGAAUCCUGGCUAUCUGUCCCGGUAGACGAGAUGAAUCUAUCCCUUGGUUAUAGGGAUCUUACCUUUUGGCAACUGAACAAUGCGGCCAAUCACGCCGCGCACUGGUUGAGCGAGAAUCUUCCCACUGGCGAGCCAUUCCAAUGCUUUGCCUAUAUCGGCCCAAAGGAUCUCCGCUAUCCAAUUCUGGCUGUCGCGGCAGCCAAGGCACAGAAGGUGAUGGUACUACCAUCGCCAUUGGUCACUCCGCAAGCCCAAUUGCAAAUAUUUGAAAAGAAGGGUUGUACGCUUUAUCUUAGUCCUGAGGAAAUGGCUGGGUCUGUAGCAGAAAUUCUCAAGGACAUCUCGCAUAUCCAGCCUAUCACCUUACCACCCCUGGAGCAUUUUUGGACUGAAACAGAAGCUAUUCCUGUAAACUACCCAAAGUCAUGGGCAGAAGGGAAAGAUGACCCUUGGUUGGUCUUUCACACUUCCGGGACAACUGGGAACCCCAAGCCUAUCACCUACUCGCACAAGAUGAUGGCUGGAGCAGACGUAGCGGCUUCUAUUCCUGAUAUUGAGGAGACUCAUAUACAUCAAUACGCCCAAAGGAGGUGGUAUACGCCUUUGCCGUCACUGCAUUUUGUUGGAAUGCUUAUGACUCUGUCUAUGACAACGUUUGUUCAUAUGACAGCCGUGAUUGGCCUUACCGGACCCCCAUCUCCAGAUGGUAUCACAGAAGUCCUACGCUACGGGCGCGUAGAGGGAGCCCUGCUUCCUCCGGUCCUCAUUGACGCCCUUUGUCUAUCACCUAACGGCCUUCAAGCCUUAAGGGAUCUAAAGUACAUCCACUACGCUGGCGCCCCGUUGUCUGCCAAAUCUGCUGAGCUUAUCAUUCCCCAUGCACAGGUGGUACCCUGUGUUGGUAGCACAGAAGCCGGCGGUUACUUCACAACUAUACACGGUAAACCUGAUACAUGGGAUUACCUUGCCUUCCAGAAACACGCGGGAGCCAUCUUUGAGCAACAAGUAGGUGACCUCCAUGAGCUUGUAUUCAUCCGCAAUCCGAAUUGUGCGAUGCAGCAGAUCUUCACGGUAUAUCCAGACCGAGACCGGUUCGAGACCAAUGAUUUAUGGGUCGAGCACCCAACUGAAAAGGGUCUAUGGAAGAUCAUUGGGCGGACUGACGAUUAUGUGUGUUUCUCGCAUGGAGAUGGAUUGCAUGCAUCUCUUCUAGAGCCCGAAAUUACGGCUCAUCCCGAUGUCAAUAACGCACUCAUCGGAGGGCAUGGAAGACAAUCACCUGUGCUCCUGGUGGAGCUUGCCAUGGGCGCAAAUGACGAGUCUCGUGAGGGGCUACUGGAGACUCUGUGGCCCUAUAUUGAGAAACUCAAUGCACGAUGCCAUGCCUCUGUGCAGAUUCCACCAGAAAAGGUGGUCAUUACUUCGAAGGAGAAGCCUUUCAUUAUGACUAUCAAGGGUAGUGUGGCGAGAAUGCAGACGUUGCGCUUGUAUGAGGAUGAGAUUGCUGCGCUGUUCACUUAG